CAUCGCCGGCCGAUCGCAACCGCUCCGUGCCGGGCACGGGCUCCGCAGCGCUAUGGCCGUGGCCCUCGCCCGGGCGGAGGGGCGAGCAGAUGCGGUUGCGGCGCUGGCGCUGCUGUGGCUGCUGGUCUGCGCUCCGGGGGACGCUGGCUGUCACCCCCUGACCGUGGCCGAUCUCUUCGACCGCGUGAUCCGGCACUCGGGCAGGAUCCACAGCCUCUCCACGGCGCUCUACGCCGAGCUGGAAAAACACUUUCCUCCCCGUGAUAACGAGCUGGGGAGGCCCGCUCGGAAGUGCCACACGUCGGGGAUGCUGACCCCCAACGGCAAAGAAUACGCCCAGAAAAUCCCGAGAGAAGAACUAACUCACGUGAUACUGAAACUUUUGCAAGCCUGGAAAGAACCACUUUCCCACUUUAACCAGUAUAUUGAGCACCAUCAAGAGCUAUCUGAUGACAGCCUUAGCAAAGCUAAGCAAAUCAGCAAUAUGGUACGUGAGCUGAAGACUGGAGUCGAGAAAGUAACAGAAAAGAUGCAGUCAAUGGGGAUCAUCAGCAAUUCAUUAAAUGGAAUGGCAUCAUCCGAAGGCACCGGUUUAUCAAUUAGUAAUGAAGCAAAUAUGAUGAGUGACUCUGACUUCAUUCACUGUUUUAGGAGAGAUUCCAAUAAAGUACAAAGCUACUUAAAAAUCCUCAAAUGUAGGAUUAUGCCAGAAAAUAGUUGCUAAAUUGUAAUCCCUUGACAAGUAGUCUUCAGCAUGUUGCUUAUAAAGAUUUAAAAAAAUAGAACUUCUAAAAUAUCACUUUCACAGUAAUUUUAAUAGGAAAGUGUUUUUUAAAUCCUUUGGAAGCUGACACAGUUGACCAAUGCAGAUGAAAUACUAAAUAAAGCCUCGUGUGUGUGUAUGUCGGUUAAUGCACCAAUAAAAAGGAGUGCUCUAGCAUUAGAUAAAUAAAUGUUCUUGCAUGUUACACUGUGGCAGACUAUACUAUGGCUGAUUCAUACAGUUUAGAUAAAUACACAGAAUUACAGAAUGGCUUGGGUUGAAAGGGACCUUAAUGAUCAUUGAGUUCCAACCCCCACUCCACCAUUGGCAGGGAUGCCAUCCACUAGAUCAGGCUGGUGAGGGCCCCACCCAAGCUGGCCCUGAACACUUCCAGAUAUGAGCCAUCUACAACUUCUCUGGGCAAUGUAUUCCAGUGCCUCACCAUGCCUUUGAGUAAAGAACUUCUUCCUGACCUCUAAUCUAAAUCUCUCCUAUUUUAGUUUAAAAUCAUUCCCCCUUAUCCUGUCACUCCUUAUCCAUGUACAAAGCCACUCCCUCUUUUUUAUCAGCAAUCUUUAAGUCACGUAAGGCUGCAAUGAGACUUCCCUGGUGCCUUCUCUUCUAUAGGUUAAACAGUGCCAACUCUCAGACUGUCUUCAUGAGGUUCUUGUGGGCCCACUUCUUAAGCUUGUCCAGGUUCCCCUGGAUGACAUCCCCUCCUUCUGUUGUGUCAGCUGCAUUGCUCAGCUUCAUAUCUGCAAACUUGCUGAGGAUACACUCCAUGCCACUCUCACUGUCAUUGAGGUAAAUGCUGAAGAGCACCAGUCCCAAGACAGAACCUUGAGGGACACCACAUGUCACUGGCCUCCACCUGGACAUAAGAGCCACUGCUCAAUCUCCUGGGUGCAUCCAACCAGUGAAUUCCUUAACCACCAAAUAGUCGAGCCUUCAAACCCAUGUCUCUCCAAUGUGCAGAUAAGGGUGUCAAGUGGGACCCUGUGGAAAGCCUUACAGAAGCUGAAACAUAGGUACAACAUAGUUGAAAGUAAGAUUCAAUCUGUUAAA